AUGACUGUUGUACCUUGGCCUAAUUUUAAUCAAAAUAAUCUUACACAAGAUGAAAAAGAUAAAGCAGAUAUUAAAGUUAUUGUUUGUCAUGAUUAUGCUGGUGGAUAUAAAGAGAAUCAUUUUGAUCUUGGAUAUAGUAUUCAAUAUUGGCAAUAUAUUGAUAUUUUUAUUUAUUUUUCUCAUCAAAGAAUUGCAAUUCCUCCAUCACAAUGGACCAAUGCAGCUCAUAGAAAUGGAGUAAAAGUACUUGGAACAUUUUUAACAGAACAUGAAAAUGACCUAUUUGAAAAUGAUUUAUUAAUGGCAGAAUAUUAUAAUUUUGAUGGAUGGUUUAUCAAUAUUGAAACAGAAUUAAUUGGUAAAAGUUUACAUGCAAAACAAAUUGAAACAUUUGUAAAAUAUUUAACUGAAAAAAUGCAUCAACGUAAGCCAGGAUCAAUUGUAAUUUGGUAUGAUUCUGUAAUAAAAGAUGGAAGAAUAAAAUUUCAAAAUUGUUUAAAUGAAUUAAAUUAUCCAUUUUUUAAUGCGGCUGAUGGAAUUUUUAUUAAUUAUUUUUGGAAAGAGAAUUAUCCAAAAUUAUCAGCUGAUAAAGCAGAACUUAGAAAAAGAGAUGUUUACACUGGUAUUGAUGUAUGGGGUAGAAGUACUUUUGGUGGAGGAGGAUUUACAACUUACAAGGCGUUAGAAGUAAUUAAAUCAUCAAAAACUUCUUGUGCGAUAUUUGCACCUGGUUGGACUUAUGAAAAUUUUGGUAAAGAUAACUUUUGGAGAAAUGAUCAAAGAUUUUGGAUUGGUAAAGCUGAUCAUAAAUAUGCUGAAGAAAAUGAUGAUCAUGAUAAUUUGCCUGAUGAAGGGUGCGGAUAUAAAUUUUUUAUUAAGGGAAAGGAAUUUUUAAAUCAAGAAUGGUUUCAUCUAAGUCAUCAAUCAAUACUUCCAUUGCCAACCAAAUCAAUAAUUAAUUUAUUUGAUGUUAAUCAUAAUACUUUAUUUUGGAAUCUAUCUUUUGAAAAAUCAUUUUCAGGAGGUAUUAUUCCACUUUAUGAUUUAAAUUUGAAAAUUUUAGGCUUAACAAAAAUCAAAGUUACUUAUUCAAUAGAACAACCAAAUACAAAUAUUGGAUUAUAUUCAUUCAAAACAGUUUAUAAUUGGUGGACAACUGAAUUAAUUAUUGAUCCCAAACAAUUAUCCAAUAACAAUAAAGUUGAUUAUUAUGUACAAGAAUUAGGGAUUACAUUUAUGAAUAAUAAUAUUAGUGGUAGCAGAGAAGAAGACAAAGAUAUGGUUGUUGCUUAUAUUGGUGAAUUAUCGGCAGUAAAUGUAAUAAGUAACUCUAUAAUGAAUACAUAUAAACAAGAGAUUCAAAAUAUUUAUAUUCUAGAAAAGUCUUUAAUUAUAGAAAAAUUAGAGUCCAAAAAUGUUUUACUAGUAAGUUGUUUAAUUAAAUGGGAGUUAGGAAUUCAAACACAAAACGAUUACACAAUCAAUAGUGGCAAUAACAAUAAUAAUUAUGAUAAAAAGUUAUUAGAUUCUUUUGAUUAUUUUUAUGUUUAUGCAAGUUUACAGCCCUCAAUCGAUUCAACAUCGCCACCAAAUGAUGACUUGGUAUUUUUAGGUGUAGCUGAUACAAAUAAAUUUAUUGUAUCAGGUUAUCAAUUAUCUUUGAAUGAAAUUAUCAUGAAAAAAAAUUUUAUUCUAAACUUUCAUGUUAAAGGUAUUAACAAUUAUUAUGGCGAGGAAGAGGAGGAAGAUAAUAAAAUAUUUAAUAAAUGGAAAUGUUGGAAAAUGCCACGCCCAGAAUAUCAAGCCCCACCUGAAAUUUAUUAUAAUGACAAUGAAGCAAAAAAAUACACUUCAAAUUCAAGGAUUCAAACUAUUCAAGCAGAUAUGACAUAUAGAGCUCUUGAACUUUUAAAUAUUCCAGAGGGAAAAUCAUGCUUUUUAUUAGAUAUUGGAUGUGGAUCAGGAUUAAGUGGAGAGAUAUUGGAAGAAGAAGGUCAUAUAUGGGUUGGAAUGGAUAUUUCACCAUCAAUGUUAAAUGUUGCAAUAGAUCGUGAAGUUGAAGGUGAUUUAUUUUUACAAGAUGUUGGUGAGGGAAUGGGAUUUCGUCCAGGAACUUUUGAUGGGGCAAUAAGUAUAUCAGUUCUUCAAUGGCUCUGUAAUGCGGAUUACAAAUCACAUAAUCCAAGGUCACGUUUAAAUCGAUUUUUCACAACCUUAUAUUCAUCAUUACAUCGUGGCGCUCGAGCAGUAUUUCAAUUUUACCCAGAGAAUGAUGAUCAAUGUGAAUUGAUUAUGAAUAUUGCAAUGAGGUGUGGUUUCGAGGGUGGAUUAGUAGUUGAUUAUCCUAAUAGUAAAAAAGCAAAAAAAUACUUUUUAUGUUUAAGUGCUGGACAAUCAUCACUUGAUUCUGAAAAACAACAAUUACCGAAAGCUUUAGGCGAAGAAGUUUAUGAUGAUGAUGAUGAACAAAAAAUCAAAAGUGUUGCUUAUUCUAGUCAAAGGAUUCAAAAUCAUCAAAAAGGAAAGAAACGCAAAUCAAUUAAAGAUAGAGACUGGGUUUUACAUAAAAAGGAAAUUGCACGUAUGCGAGGGCAAAAACAAAUACCAAUUGACACUAAAUAUACAGGAAGGAAAAGAAAUCCAAAAUUUUAA